GGUAGCUUCACUACAAAGAAAUACAAAAUGGGUUACUCCCGCAUUUUGAGGACUACAAAUGUGGUGCUUUUUCUCACGGCUUAUCAGAUGCACUGGUUCGAUAAGAAGUCGCAAAGGUUCCGGUUGUCCCUGCCCGGAGUAGUCUAUGUCCUUGUGCUCGGUUGCAUCUAUGCCGCAUGCUUUUCCCGGCACUUUGAUCCCGCAUCAUCUCUACUGAAUGUUCUGAACGACGUGUCACCAUUUCUUUUUGGACUGGCCAGGAUGCAACUGUUGCUGGGAGCAAAAGCGUUCGCCUAUGCCGUAUAUUCUAGUGUGAAAUCUGUGGGUGCAGUUAACACCCUGGUGGAAUCCCUUCCAACCAGAGAUCGCGGAUUUGGAAAAAACGAGGCCAUGGCCUACGUACUACUAGGUUCAACCUUUGGCAUUCUCUUCUGCUUCGGGCUCUACAUAGCAUAUGAAAUGAAGUUCGAGCUGCCUCCGUUGCAAGAUGCGAUGAUAGGAAUGGCUCUAUUUCUUCCUCACCUGAUUUUAGCUGGAUCGGUCAAAUUAUAUAUGGUUUUGGCAUUCUUAAGUCGCUGCCAAUUGAAACAGCUUGAGAAGAGUGUGGAGGAGGAGUUUAGAGCAAAUUUAUUAGAAGGCGAGCGGGAUACCGCUUCCACUUCUUUCACUGUUUCCCCGAAAAACUCAAGUUUGGAAAACUUGGAUGGUCUGAAAAGAAAGUUGGAGAUUCUGGGAACCAGUUUUCGUGACUUUUUUCAGUCACUUGAGCACUCCUUGAUGUUCCUUUUUGCCAUGAACGGAAACUGCCUCCUUGUUGGGAUUUAUUCCCUAACCUACUACUGGAAUACUUGGCACGUUAUCUUCGAGGAUCGCAAGCGAAGAAUCUUCUACGCGGCAAAUGCAUCCAUAUACGCCUGUAUUGCUAGUGAUUACAUCUCCUUAAUGAUUGUUAUGUUCCUGAUGGCGAAAGAGCGUCUAAGCUUUAUUGCGUGUCUAGAUUUCUUCCUGGCUCAGCGGACUUCUCUAUCGAAAAGAAUGAGACAUGUCGCCAAAGAUAUAAAGGGCGUUCUUCGCAAAACUUUCGAUCUCAAAUUUAACUCGCUCAUUCGUUUUGAUCUUAGUUACGUCACCAUGAUGACACUCGUGCAAUUGCUGACCAUUACUUUGAUUGUGAUGUUCCAUUACCUAAAUGAUGAAAUUCUGUUACUAAGAGAAGAACUAAGCAGCAAGGACGAUGAGUAACUUAAGAUAAUAUUUACUAAAUUCAAAGAAAUCAUUUGUGGUCUAAAUUUUAUAUUGUCUUGCAAUCAAUGAUGUGCUCUAUAUAUUUACCGCUUUUUCUCAUAAGCCACUCUGCCACUCCGGUAAGAAGUUCAUAUUAAUUACCAUCAUAUGCAAACUUAAUCCAUAAAUUAAUACGUUUGCCAGAGCCAAACAGACAAAGCAACAAAUCACGAUUAAGAUGGUAAUAAAAUGGUU